AUUCGUUGCUCGUGUGUUCAUGGGGAAAAAAAAAAACAAAUAGUGUCCGCCUUGUCUUGGGUUCAGAAAUUAUUACUGACAGACGAGGAUCCCGUGGCCAACUCUCCCAGCUCGAUGCUCAACCAGUACCAACUGGAUGAAGAUGAACAGCAGACCGGCGGCGCCAAAGACUUGCUUGUGACGGUCGACAGUCCAGAGAGUCGCGUCACAGCUAUUGAGACCUUCAUCGUGUACAGAGUGGUGACCAAGACGGCGAGGAGUGAGUUUGACUCGUGCGAGUACGAGGUGCUCCGUCGCUACCAGGACUUCCUUUGGCUACGAAGCCGACUGGAAGAAAGCCACCCGAGCCUCAUCGUCCCCCCUCUUCCGGAGAAGUUUGUGAUGAAAGGCAUGGUGGAGCGCUUCACCGACGACUUCAUCGACACCAGGAAGAAAGCCCUGCACCGCUUUCUCAAUAAGAUCGCCGAGCAUCCCACCCUGUCGUCCAGUCGCCACUUUCGACUCUUCCUGACUGCUCAGGAUUUCUCGUCUCGCAAGACACCCGGGCCGGGCUUCUUGAGUCGAAUGGGCGAGACGGUCCGAGCGGCGGCCAUCUCGGUGCGGGGCAUCAAGAGCCGCCCGGAGGAGUUCACACUGAUGCAGGAGUACGCCGAACGUUUCGGCUGCAAGAUCUCGUCCGUUGACAAGGUUUCUCGGAGGAUCAUCAAGGAGCAGCGAGAAUACUUGGACGAGCUGAAGCAGUACGGGCCCCUCUAUGGCCAGUGGGCGGAGGUGGAGGAGGAGCUGCGCGAGCCGCUGAACCUCGUAGCCCGCUGCGUGGACCGAUGCGGCAAAGAAGCGGAAGAGCGGCUCCGCCAUCUCUCGGCCGUGCUGGUCCCCGCUCUCCACGACUACGUGCUCUGCGCCGAGGUACUCAAGACGGUGACGAAACGGCGAGACGCCAUCCAGGCCGACUUGGAGACCAAAAACGAGGCCCUCGCCUCCAAGAAGGCCGACCGAGAAGUUGCUGAGCUGGAGAAAGAAGUGGACGCUCUGGCCGAUCGACUGGAAACGGCGAACAGCGCGUUGAAGGGCGAUUGGGUCCGCUGGCAGAACGAUAUGAGAGACGACCUCAAAUCGGCUUUCAUCUCGACCGCUGAGAAGAACGUGGAAUGCUAUGAGAAGUGCCUGGCGGUGUGGGAAUCAUUCCUCUUGUCCCAACGAAGGGAUCCCGUUGAGCGGCAAGAUGAAGACGCAGGAUGAAGUUGUCUUCCAUGUGCCCGUCACAACAACAACAACAACAACAAGAAGGAAAUCCUCAACCGACGUCCCCUUUUACCACUGAAGCGUGUCAAGCGACAAGAAAAUCCCCAAAGUGCGUUCCGCCUCCUUUUUGGUUCGGAUUUUGGAUUGUGUCAUCCUUGACUUCAGAGAAUUGAAUAAAUGCAGAC